CAUAUUGAAUAGUUUUUAGUCGUCGAUUGAACAUUUGAAAAAUGUUUCUUCUUCAUCAACUCUAACCUAACCUAACCAAUUGGUUGCCCUUCGGUGAUAAUAAUAAUAAUAAUAAUUUUCUCAUCAUCAAACAAGUUUGUCGUUUGAGAUUGAUCUAUCAUCAUCGAUUUUCGAUCAAUCAAUAAAAAAUGUGUUCUUCAUUCUUGAAUUAUUUUUGGCCAUUUUUUUUCUCUUCUCAAACUAUCAUCACUGUCAACAACAACAACUAUGACCGAAUCUAAGGUCAUGACUGCCAAAACUGCCGGCUUUUUCCAAUAUAAACAACAACAACAACAGUCAUCAGUAUUUUUCAAAUUUCCAUUUUUCAGAAUAAUAUCCAGAAUAAUCCAACAGCAGAAUGCAAUCAUCAAUUUCAUUCCAUUUGUUAUCAUUCGUUUAUGGUGUAAAAAUAGUCAACUAUUACGACUGCAACGACAACAACAACGAGGACGAUAUUGUCCAUUAAAUGGUCGACUAAAGAUAAUAAUGGCCAUUAUUUCAUUGAUAAUAAUAUCUAUUUUAUGGCCAUUAUUAUUCAAUCAAUCAGCCAACAAUUUAUUUUCCAUUAUUAUACUAGUCCAUGCUCAACCACAAUUCAGCAAUAAUCAACCAUCAUCAUCACAACAAAAUUAUAUUGAAUAUAAUCUAGCCGAUUAUUGUUCAAAAGAAACAUGGUCCGAUUAUCCUGGUCGUCAUCUAAUUCGUUUGGAAAAAUCAUUAAAAAUACGUUUACCAUCCAUAUUGGAUUUUCAAUUUAAUGAAACACAUCGUCAACGUAUGGGUUUUUAUCGUCCUGGUUUUUAUCCAAAUCCAAAUCCAAUGGAUAAUCACCAUAAUCAUAAUCAUAAUCACCAGCAACAACAUAAUCAGCAACAGCAACCAUCAUUUGUACCAUAUUGUCUGCUUAGUUUUACUGUUGAUUAUGGUCAUCGUAUUUAUGCUGAAGGUCUUGCCACUGAAUUGAUUACCGGUGGUAAAGAAUGGUUUACGGAAACAUUACAUUUUUCUCGUCGAUCAUCAUCAUCAUCAUCAUCAUCGAUGGGUCUACAAAAUACACCAGAAAUCGGUACAUUCACCAUAUCGACAACAAAAAAUUCAUUAACACUAGUCUUUGAACAAUUACAUUUGGGUCCAUUUAGUUUUCAUCUAAUUUUAACACCAUUUCGUGAUGCAAAACCAGAAUUUAUAUUCGGUUGUGAAAAUGAACAUGAAUAUAAAUGUACAAAUGAACGUUGUAUAGCAAAAUAUUUAGCUUGUGAUCAUCAUAAUAAUUGUGGUGAUUAUUCGGAUGAACAUGUUGGUUGUAUGUCACGUGUACCAUCUACUAUACGGCCAUUAUUAUCACCAUCAUCAAGACAACCGGAAUUUAUUCCACCAGAUGGAAGAGAUAACAGUGGACAAAUAACAGAUAAUUUACCCGAUCGACCACCAACAUCAAAAUUACCAACAUUCCCAAUCGAUAUUGAUCAUACAUCAUAUGAUGGUGGUGGUGGAUCAUUUGAUAGUGAUACAAUACCAGAAUAUUUUGAUAUUCCAUUUCCUGGUCGUGAUAAAACAACUAAUGGACCAGGAACAACAACAAUAUUUCAUAAACCUAAACCAAUGAAUGGUUUUCAUGGAACUGAUGUUCAUACUGGUGGUGGUGGAUUUCUUGGUGAUCUUUUUCGUUUCGAUUCUGAACAUACAUCAAAUGUUGUUAAAGUUGUUCGUUAUCUUCUUGCUUUAUUGCUUAUUAUCAUAUUGGUUACGUUGAUUAAUUUUCUAAUAUGGUGUUUGAUUACUAAACGUGAUCAAUCAUUUAUAGCCGCAUCACCACCACCACCACCACCACCUGUUGAAGAAUCUGGUAGUCCAAUACCUCAAUCACUUAGUGGAGCACCUUCACCAUCAUUAUCACAACAGCAUCAACGACAAUUACCACCGAUAUCUGUCAUUUCGGUAUGAUCAUUCAUGUUGUUGUUGUUGUUGUUUGUAAAUACGAAGAAGAAACUUAUUCUAAAAACGAAAAAAACAAAAGAAACUUAUUAAUUAU